AUGGCCCCCACCAAGAAAGCAAAGAAGUCCUCCGAGAACAUCAACUCAAGGCUUGCCCUCACCAUCAAGAGUGGUAAAUACACCCUUGGUUACAAGAGUACCCUCAAGACGAUGCGAAGUGGAAAAGCCAAGCUCGUUCUUGUCUCCGGAAACACCCCACCUCUUCGACGAUCCGAGAUUGAAUACUACGCCAUGCUUUCCAAGACACCCGUCCAUCUUUACCAAGGUUCGAACGUUGCACUGGGAACCGCAUCUGGAAAACUCUUCCGUGUUGGAGUUAUGACAAUUCUCGAUGCCGGUGACUCAACAAUCCUUGAUGCUGCUGCAUAA